UCCUCCCUCCUUCCCAACGAUCCCGGCGGACCGUUUCUCUUCUUCUUCCUCUUCUUCUUCUUCGUCUUCUUCUUCUUCUUCAGAUGGACUACGAUUUCAGGAACAGCGCGCAGUAUCCGCUGUACAGGACCGCCUCGUCCACGCCGUCUUCCGCGCCUCCGCCGCCGAUGAUGUACGGGCACUCCGGGUACCCCAAGGUGGCGGCCCCGCCGCACGCCUCCGCCGCUCGCGCCUCCCCCUAUCCACACGCCGCUCAUCCUCCUCCGUCCUCCUCCUCGGCAGGAUUGGGCGUCAGGGUUGCUAUCAAGCCAGAGUACAGGAUUUCUCCUCCGCCCCAUCUUUCUCCACAAGUUGGAGAGAUAAGUCGAAGCAACUUCCAGUUUGACUUUGACUUUGAGAGAAAAAUUUUAGCUGAGGCAGAGAAAGAAAGCCAGAACUGGAGCAGGCUUGCCACGGAAAAUCUUCCAUCACGAACCACCGAGCCAACUCAAUCAGGUCGUGGUGGCGAUCCAGUCGUUAGUAAAUACAUUGCCUCCGGGCUUAGUCCUGAAGCUGUUUCUCUGGCAGUUGCAAAUUACGGGGACACUCCUGUUAAGGUUCGGGAAUUCGUAAAUGGGUACACUCUUUUGCGGGAAAUGGGGUUUUCGUCUAGCAGUGUUGCGGAAGCCUUGGUCACAUAUGAUAACGACACCGAAAAAGCAUUGACUCAUUUCCUCAAUGGCUCAUCUUGAUGCUAGCUGAUGAUAUUCCAGAUCAUAUUUUGCGGAAGUGAUGUUUCUUUUUCUUACUGUAUAGUCUUCUAUGCAUGAUGAAGUAUGUCAAAUUACAGGUUGACAAUAAUAUACAUCAUGUGAAAAAGGAUCUAAUGGCUGGGACAUGGUCAAAACAAUGUCUAAUGGCUUGCGUCCCAGCUUAGACUUAGAGGACACAUUUUAGAGAGGCACACUGUUGUUGAUCUAAGCAUUCUGGGAUACAUUGCGCUCAGGAUUGUACUCGUAUUAGUAAUAAGGAUCAUCAAUUACCGUUUUUUGGAAUA